AUGUGUUUCUCCAAUUUACAUGAGCAAGAUACCCCAGCUUCAAAGAUUAAUGAUCAUUAUUAUUGUCCCAUCUUGCCUGGAUUGCCUGAUGAUGUGGCGAAAUACUGUCUUGCUCUUGUUCCUCGAUCUAAUUUUCCAGCCAUGGGGGUCGUAAGCAAGCGAUGGAGGUCAUUUAUCAAAAGCAAAGAGUUCAUAACUGUUAGGAAAUUAUCAGGGGUGCUUGAGGAAUGGUUAUAUGUCCUUAGUAUGGAUUCUGAAGGAAAAGAAAGCCACUGGGAGGUUUUAGAUUGCUUGGGACGUAAACACCAGCAACUUUCACCAAUGCCGGGUCCUGCUAAAGCCGGUUUUGCUGUGGUGGUUCUUCACGGAAAGCUUCUCGUCAUUGCUGGCUAUUCUAUGGUCGACGGAACUGGGUCUGCCUCAGCAGAUGUUUGCCAAUAUGAUUCUUGCCUCGACAGAUGGAGCAAAUUGGCUAGCAUGAAUGUGGCACGUUAUGACUUUGCUUGUGCCGAGUUAAAUGGCAUGGUCUAUGCAGUUGGAGGAUAUGGCAUAGAUGGUGAAUCUCUCUCUUGUGCUGAGGUGUACGACCCAGAUACUGACAAGUGGACUCUAAUUGAGAGUCUACGCCGCCCAAGGUGGGGAUGUUUUGCAUGUGGGUUUGAGGGAAAGCUAUAUGUUAUGGGCGGGAGGUCAAGUUUCACAAUUGGAAACUCAAGGUUCAUCGAUAUUUAUAACCCCGAUAUGCACACAUGGUGUGAGAUGAAAAAUGGUUGUGUCAUGGUUACUGCACAAGCCAUGCUCGGGAAGGAGCUCUUUUGCAUGGAGUGGAAGAAUCAACGGAAACUAGCUAUAUUUAACCCAGCGGAAAAUUCAUGGAAGAUGGUGCCAGUUCCUGUGACUGGGAGCUCAAGCAUCGGGUUUCGAUUUGGCAUACUAGAUGGUAAGCUUUUGCUGUUCCCAGUACAGGAGUAUCCGGGUUAUAACACCCUGUUGUAUGAUCCUAAUGCUGCCCCCGGGUCUGAAUGGCAAACUUCCGAGAUAAGGCCGUCGGGCUUGUGCCUAUGCAGCGUGACAAUUAAGGCUUGA